CGAUCUUUGCAAAUUUGAUUUGAAAACUCAUCUGCAAUCGAGUUAGCUAGUUAGUAACAUAAGUGAUCUUGAGAUGUCAAAGAGGGCGCUUAGUGCGACACACUUUUAGACGAUGUGGUUAAUUAAGAAAGAAAAAUAGGGAUUUAUUUUUAAAGUUACCAGUUUUUAAGAACACUUAAAAGCUACUGGUGCAGCUAAGUAGCCUCAUUCGAGAGGCGUGCUUACUAGAACGGUCACUUAGGCAGUGACGCAAACAAGACACUCGAGGUUAUACAAUCCCGCCUGAUUCGAAAAGUGUUGUUCUAAACAUAUAUUAUUUUCCCAGACAAGUAUUAUACAUCUAUAUUAUCGAUUCGUGUUUACUUAUUGGAGUUAUAUAAAUCCACAAUGGACCUUACUUUUGCUGCUCUUAUUGUCGUACUAUUCGCUGGAUUUCAACACCAAGUUUCGUCUUUUACUUUUGACGAAGAAGCUAAAAGACAUUACAUCUACUGGGACCCUGUCAUCACAAAAAUUAUUAAAGACCCAAACUACAGUCUUCAAGUCCAAAUGGGACAUUUUAUGGAUAUUGUAUGCCCUCUCUCAAAUCUCGGAAUUACUGAUAACCCAGAACCCCCCGCGCUUUUCGACCUUUACAAUGUCACAAAGGAAGGAUUUGAUACCUGCAACCCAUUAGGAGGAAGACUUAUCUUCGCUUGCAGUUUGCCAGACCAAGAAAACAAAUUGACAAUUAAGUUUCAAAGUAUCAGCCCAUCACCCUUCGGAUUCCGAUUUCAAGAAUGUCAAGAAUAUUAUUUCCUUGCCGUCAAAAGAUCAUCUCCCCUUGAUAAAGCCAGUGGCAAAAAACAUUACAAGUGCACAAAAGAUUCUGAGAGAUUGAGAAUCCGUGUUGGAUGUUCUGAUGAAAAAGACGAAAUUGAAAAAUCGGAACCCAAAGCUACCGUUGUUCCUCCCACCAAAAAGCCAACAACUUCUUUCAUCGACAGAAUCAAGGAAAAUCACAACGAAAAAGAAUCAAAGAAAGAACAUAAACCAACCCCAGUCGUCCCAGAAAUCGUACCCGUAACACCGACCUCACUUAACUCCGGAAAAAACUUGGCAAUCGCUGCUUCAAGAUCCACCAAUGGCGACGGCGGAAACGGAGCCUCAAAUUUGAGUUUGAGCCUUUUCUCAACAUUAUUUUUCACUAUUUUAUCAAUGCUUUGGAUUUCUAUCAUCAAUUCUUCGUCAUGAACUAUAUAAAAGACUAAGCUCCAAGCUACAACGAAAGAAAUGUUCUUGGGCUAUCAUAGGAAGCCCCUGAUAUCGUAACGAACCAUAGCUUCCUCAAAAGCUGUUGGGAAAAGAGAUGUCAAAGGUUGAAAGGUGAACUGAAGGAGGUCAAGGCGCUACAGCGAACAGUUCCAAAUCUGCCGAAUAUUUUAGAAUUGUCCGAAUCAAAUCAUCUACAAAUAUUCAUUCCUUUUUGUGUGUUAUCGGCUUUAUUUCGGGUCAAUGAUUUUCGAUUUUUGUUAUAAAAUUUGGUGAAGGUGAUAAAAUUUUGUUUCAGUUGAUAAAAAUCGUCAAAAUAAAGGUUAUCGACCCGGAAAUGAUACCGGAAAGUGUUUUUUUUUUGUUCUAAAUGUUUCCACUGUGAUAUAACGUUAAACUUUUGGGUACGAGAUUUAUUGUUCAUAAUCUUGGUUAUGUAUGGGCCAUUUAUAAGUCCGACUUGAUUGAUUAUCUGAAUUUAUAGUCGGCCCAUAUGUGACCUCACAAUGAAUCUUUUACUCUGUAUUUUCUUUGUCAGCAUUAGCGAAAUUGCUUUG